AUGUCGUGCACCUGGUUGGCAUAUGCACAUACUGUUCAAGCUACGAGUCCUUCCACAAGUUCAUCAUCUUCAUGCUCCUCAGGUACUGCCUAUCCAAUAGCACAUUUUGUGAAUUGUGAAAAAAUUUCUAUGCGACACCGUAUAUUUCUUGCAACCGUCCUUGUAGGAAUAGAACCCCGGAAUUUCAGAGAAGCUAAGACUGAUGAAGGGUGGAAGAAAGCAAUGCAACAGGAAAUUUCGGCAUUAGAAGAUAAUGGGACAUGGGUAAUGGAAGUGUUACCUCCCGGGAAGAAGGCUCUUGGGUGUAAAUGGGUCUACGAAAUCAAGCAUAAUUCUGAUGGCACUGUUGAGCGAUUAAAGGCUCGUCUAGUCAUAUUCGAAAAUCACCAAGUAGAAAGCAUUGAUUAUAAUGAGACAUUCGCUCCAGUUGCUAAAAUGGUCACGGUCCGUGCUUUCCUAGAUGUGGUUGCUGCGAAAACUGGGAACUACAUCAUAUGGAUGUUCAUAAUGCGUUUCAUCAUGGGAAUCUUGAUGAGGAGGUGUACAUGA